AUGACUAAUGAGUUCUUGUUGUUCAUCAUACCUGCCAUAACUUCCCAAUAUAUCUCCAUGGCUGUUAAGAUGGUUGAGAUGAGUGUGGGACCCACAACCUGGAAAAAGCUUGAGGACCAUGCAAACAAGGCAAUGCGUGUAAAAGCAAUCAUUGAGUUGAUAGCAGUUCAUCAAAUGUGUGUUAUGGUUGUAAGUGACAAACCCUAUUGGAUGAGGUUUGUUGUUUUCUGGGCAAGCAUUGGGACAAUGGUUUUCAUGCAUGUAAGCUUCUGGAUGUGGUCAAAAGAGGUAAAAACAGACCAAGUAGAGAAAGGUGGAUUGUCUGCAGUAAAGAAUCAAGUAUGA